UCUUUAACUGCCAAUAGAUACAGGACAGGACAUGGAGGAAGAGCAAAGACUCAUGGGAACACGACUGGACUGAGAUCCUUCACGUGGUUUUGACUCUUUGCAGCAGUGAUCGUGAAGUGGAGCCAAGCAACUGGACGCAGAGGUGGAGCAGGUGAUGAGGAGCUGGGAGGGUCUGGGAGGAGACCAGGAGCUGGAGCAGGUGAUGAGGAGCUGGGAGGGUCUGGGAGGAGACCAGGAGCUGGAGCAGGUGAAGGAGGACGAUGUGUCCGAGCUCCUGACGCUCCAGAAGAAAGUGAAGGAGAAGAUGGAGCAGAGCGAGUGGAUCCUGGAUCUGAGCAGCAGCUUCCACCUCAGAGCUCAGCAGCUGGAGGCGCUGCUGCUCUCUGACUCUGCUGGUUCACAUGAGAAACAGCAACUGAUCAAGAGUCUGUUUACAACAGCUGCUGCACUGAAGACCAACAUCUGUACUGCUGCUGCCCAGUGUGACUGGGCGGGAUUCAAACUUCAGCAGCUGGAGCUUCGUUUUCUCUCUCUCGACUCGCUCUGCGUCUCGUGGCUGAACGAAGCCGCUCGCCGGGAGGAGGAGCUCCACAGAGAGCGUGUGACCCGGCAGAUCAACGAUGACAUCACCCAGCUCCGGGAUUCCUUCAAGGAGUUGAAGAAACGGUUCAACAACCUGAAGUUUAACUUCCUGAAGAGAAACGACAGGACCAGGAACAUGAAGGCUGUCAGGAACCAGCUGCAGCAGGUGGAGCUGUGUGAGGACAAGCUGCAGUCUCUGCUCCGGAAACGCCUGCAGGGUGUGAGGGCUCAGCUGGGGUCAGAGGGCGUGGCCCGGGAGGUGGAGGACGCCGUCAACGAGCUGCAGAGACAGAUGGGAGAGUUUGAGCGAAGUGUGAGUGAACAUCAAAAAACGCUGGACAUGACGUGCAGACUGCAACAAGCCAUGGAGGAGUAUCAGUUCUGGUGUGAGGGGGCGAGUGCGACCAUCACUCGCGUCCAGACGUUUUCCUCAGACUGUCGCAGCACAGAGGCCGUCACCGUUCUCCAUCGACAGUUUGAGAAGUUCGUGUGGCCGACGGUUCCUCAGCAGGAAGCGAGGAUCAGUCAGAUCAGUGACCUCGCGGUCAGACUGCACGGGGUGGAGGAGGGGCGGCGCUACAUCGAGAGGACGCUCAGUAAACACUCAGAGAUGGUGGCAUCCAUCAGGGAGCUGAGUGACGGACUGAUGGAGCUGGAGGCCAAACUGAAGCUGAAACAGCUGAAACCUGAAAAACAGCAGCAGAACAACGGAGAGAAAGAAAUAAAAGAGGAAGAGAAGGAGCGGACGAGACAGAAUGAGACGCAAGAAGAAGAGACAGAAAAGCAGUCGAGGGAAAACAGAAACAUCAAAACGAAGGAGCAGGUGGAUAACUGCCGCUCGCAGGAAGCUGCUGAUGUGAAUUCAGAAUCUGUCCUGUUCUCCCAGUGCGAGCUGAAGGAGACAGGCCACACCCCCGAACUGACCAGCGAGCAUGAUGGGAAGGAGGUUCCUGUGAAGAAGCAGACUGCAGCCAAUAGGAAGCCUCCGUUACAGAAGAGUGACAAUCAGGAGGCAGACAGACAGACGGUCACCACAGAGAUCAGCCACAGAGAGCAGUCAAACUCCUCCUCCUCCUGCUCCAGCCACACCUUCAGCCUGUCCUGCUCCCCGGUGGAGGCCAGCCGACGGGUCAGCGCCGUCCUCAGCCAAUUACAGCCAAUCUCCACUGAGGCUCCGACCACGUCCCCUCCUCCUGUGAUUGGCCCGUCGCUCUCUGAUGUCCAGAGGGAGUGUCACAGGAAGGAGGUGCAGGAUGCAUCAGACCUGUCAGAGGUGGAGCUCCAUCAACAGGAAGUGAUGUCCGAAGACUCGCUGUCCAAUGAUGAAUACGAGUGUGUAUCACCUGAUGAUAUCUCCCUGCCGCCGCUGGCAGAAACACCGGAGUCUGGCUUGGUUCAAUCAGACUUUGAGGAGGGCUACUGUUUUAGUUCCCACAGCGCCCACGUCAACCAGCACAGCCACCAUUACCACGCCCAGUCAGAGCAGAGUGGUACCGGUGUAGUCCGACAACAGAGAGGGUCUAGUCAGACUGAGGGUUAUCCACCUCCUCCGACCAAUCACAGCAACCCCAGGUUCAGAUCAGAGUCCAGUUCAUUUGUCCAGAGUCCAUUGACAGUUCCUGCUCCAGGCUCCCUCACCAUCAUGCAGACUGAGGGGACCAGUGUUGAUUUCCUCCCAGGCAGCACUGAAGCACACUUCAUCUCCAGAUCCAACCAAGUCCACAAGAGCAAAACUACAGAUGCUGAUGUCCCUGAGAGGAGGAGCCCCUCAGAAACUGAGCCAUUAUUAAAUGACCUCAACAGUCAGUUUAACCAGCCUCAGCAAUGCCCAGGUACCCAGAGUAACCAAAACGUCACAUCCAAAAGUAAGACCUUGCCACAGACUGAUCACAUUGCGCAUCCUGCAGAGCUCGAUCAGAGCCCCACCCUUCAGUCCAGCUAUUGUCCUCAGCCCUUCAAUGGUCCAGACACUGAUAUCAACAAGGACAAGACCCGUCCACAAGACACUGGCUUCCUCAAAUGUAGAACAUUUCCUCAAAUCACAACUAUUUGCCAGGACAACCGUUUUACACAGUCCUUUCCUAACUCUGGAAUUGGAUUCGAUCAGGAUAUAAAUUCCUCCCAAACCAGAAAGGAAACCUCCUUGGUCUCCAAACCUCAAUGUGACAGUCUCACCAGCACCAGUACAGUUACCGAGCAGAACGUUUUUUUCAAAUUCUCCCCUUCAGACACUUUUCCACAGGCAAGAAGCAGCCACAGUUCACCCCACAAAAGCUCCUUAUCACAGAAUAAGACUUUGUCAAAAAACAAUCUGAUCCCACGUGCCAGAGGAUUUGCUCAAAGCAACGACGGAACCCUUCCAGCAGACAUUAGAACAUGCUCACAAACCAGCACAAGCCUCCUUCAACACAACAAUCCUCCUCAGUCUUUCCCAGAUUCUAGGAGUGGCCUUGAUCAGAGUAAACCUUCUACUCAACCCAGCAAGGAAACAUCCUCAGUGAAGAUGCCCCAGAGCAGCGGCCUGACCACAACCACUACCGUCACCCAACAAACUGUUUACUGCCAGUCCUCCUCUUCAGACAGGCAAUGCAAUGUGCCACAGGCCGGCAUCACUCUCAGGUCGAAGCAAGACGAUCUACCUGAUGUCCAUGUUCCCAAUAUUCCAGAGCCAGACAGUGACAACAACAUCACUAUAUCCAGCAGUAAUAGAGUCAGCAACAAGCAGAGCCACCACACCGUCUACUCCAUCCAUGAGUCCUUGACGCAGUGUGUGCAUGACCCUGGCAUGAGCCCCAGCAGCGCUGCCAAGCCCACUGCUCCUCCUCAGCCUCAGACCCGAGCUCAGCAGGCUAACCCGCAUGUCACACCCCCUUCUUCUCCAUCUCAUCUACUAACUUCAGACCAAGACCCAGGCAUUUGUCAGCCCAUGGCCAUCCGUGAGGAGAUCAGGCUUACUCCUCAGAUCCAAGGGCCUCCCCUUCCUGCUCCUUCUCUUCCCCAGGCCCAGGCAGGGUCUCUUCCUCAGGGAAAAGCCUCUAAACCGGGCCCUCCCUGCUUCACCAGGCCCCUGUCUAGAGCUACCGUUAAGGAGGGCUCUCCAGUGACGCUAGAGGUGGAGGUGACAGGACACCCAGAGCCCACGCUCACCUGGUCUAAAGAUGGAGACGCCAGCCCAGGCCGAGCGCUGGUCUAUGACGACGGGAGACACUUCCUGUUCAUCCCUGAUGUGUCGGACUCAGACGGCGGGUUGCACGACGCUGUCAAACAUCAGGACUCGCAGCAGACAGCUGAUGAUAAGUGGCUGGUGGCCGAAGUCUUUGACCUCAUCAGUGUGGACUGGCAGACGUGGAUCGGGACACUGUGUGUUCUCCUGUGGCUGCUCUACCUGAUCCUGCUCUAAUACUGUAUCUGCUUUUUAAUGUGGGAACUUUUACUUUUACAUUUGAAAACUCACAUAGACACACACACACUGUUCAAUCCAGGGUUUUACAGUCUGUACGCCACAAAGAUGAUUUAUAUUUACUUGAAAGUAUUCAUGUUUUAGAAACACAUGUAGCUGUAAUUCAAAUACGUAUUUCAAAAAAAGAUCUCAUGAUAAUUGUUGACUGUCUAAAUGUUGUUUAUCAGAUGAGUUUAUGGAUCUGAAACUGGUGGAAGGUCUGAAGAAGGUUGAGAAACCUCAUAAUCACUGUUCCUGUUAUAUUGAUUAUUUUAUUCUAAUGAGUGUUCAUUGCAUUUUUAAUUAGAUCUGAACUAAUUUGACUAAAACAAAGUCCGAUUAUGAUUUUUUUUUCAUGGUAUUAAACGAUCACAUCCAUAAGCGUUUUAUUUAAACAUUAUGAGAUAGAAGUAUAAUAUAAAUUACUUAAUGAGAUUAGUCAUUAUUUUCACUUUCUGUGUGUCACAAUUUUGAGUUUGACACUAGUUAUUAUUUUAAGAUUUAAAAAUAUCAAUGUUUCACAUUAACGGUAAGAAAAUGUAUUUGUAGAUUUAUGAGUCAAAAUCAAACAAUUUCACUUUUUAAGAUUUAUGAGAUUGAAAAAUAAUCCUUAAAAAUCAUUUUGAGCUCCCAACUAAUGUUAUUAAUGACAAAGUUAGGGGGGGGGGGUCACUUUCCCUUAAUUCUACUCCAUUGAGAACUACUCCAAUUCUAUAACUUUGAGGUGUUGGUAUUAUUUAGGGAGGAAUUCAUUUUACUUUGGAGAAGGAUUUGGUGACAUCUAGUGGUGAAGGUGCAGAUAAUAUGAUGGUUUUAGUUUCAGAUUUCAUCCUGUUUUUAAAUGAUUUGUUGUUUUCUUUCAAAUAAAAAUGAAUAAUUUA